GGAGCGCCAACGGCUAACUGUGGUUUUCUUAGACUUUCCGGCAUACGAGUCUGUUUACUGGUUCGGCGGUUGUGUUGGGCAACGAACUAAGUAUGUGUAUAGAUACUAAAGGCUCUUCUAUCUCAAAUAUUAUGAAAACCCCGAACAACUUUCAUAUUCGCACAGGCCUCCAUGCGCAUACUUGCGUAGACUUAAUACAUGUUGAUGGAUGGUGAAUGUUUAGUCAAUAAUCGAGCAUAAUGGGCGAUGUUGAUCCGUACGAAAUACUGGGGCUGCCUAGGCAUGCCUCCGACAGCGAGGUCCGGUCGCAGUUCAAGCGGAUGGCGAGGCACAUGCAUCCGGAUAAGGGAGGUGAAACAGCCGCAUUCCAGCGUCUCUUGUCAGCGUACGAGCUUCUCAACGACCCACAGAAGCGGCGUCAGCUGGAUUUCACGCAAACAGCAGACCCAUAUCGGGGGGACGAACCGACGCCACCGUGCAGUCCACGCCCGGCCGAGCCCUUCGGGACGCGAGCAGCUAGGGACCGUGCUCAGCGAGUGGCCCGGCAAAGCAGACAGGAAGCGGAAGGACGUGACAGCAAGAAGGAUGGCAAGAGCACCAAAAAUAACUGUAGUUCAGCACCAGAUUACGCGGACUAUUUCGACGAGGAGAUGAGUGGCAGUGACAGCAAGAAAAAGAGUAAGCACGAAGAGAAAACUGAGGAAGACCCAAGAACCCGGGCAGCUUUCCAAAAGCGGCGUCGCGAGAAAAAGCGUAAAGAAGCUAAAAGGAAACAUCUGAGCGAAAACGCUGAUGCUUCCUCGAGCGAGAACGAUAAAGACCGCGAAGAGUCGAGAAAACACCGGAAAUCGAAAAAGAGAAUAAGAAGCGGCAGUGCUCGUGGUUCUUCCUCUCAUGGGAAAAGGCGUGAAGUCACUAAUUCGAAUAGCACAGAUUCUUCGAGCUCUGAUUCGUCAAUGUCAAGAGGAGGCGCAGACCGCCGUGCAGCUCAAAGGGAUGCCAAACAAGACGAGGCGCGAUUCGAACAGUUGAUGAAAGUCAUUCGACGAAAGGAAGCACAGAGAAAGACGUACUACGAAUCGCUUCAAAAACGAAGAAAAAAGAGGGAACAGAAUACAAGAAGAGUAGGUUCUCAGGAGCAAAACCAGAACGAAUCGUCUGACCCCAAAACGGCAGAAGGAACAAGAGAGGUAAGAAAACCCGAGGAGCCACACUGCUGGGUCAAGGUCCGUUUACGUAAACCUCUCAGUGUGCGACAGUGGCUUCACACGUUUGGUCCUUACGGUGCCCUUCCGGUCAUUGAGCGUGAGCAGCUUGAUGAUCAUGAUCAUGAUGGCACAACGUUCGACAGCAACCCCAACAAGAGAGGCUAUUUUCCUGUGGAUCCAGAUCGACCGCUCUGGUUCCGCAUUACAGAAGGAUCGUCAUCGCCUUCAGCGCAACAAAGAAAUGCAGCGAAUGAGGCAACAUUUGACCAUGUUCGAGAUGAAAAUGAUGUUUCCUUGAAACCUAACGAAGAGUACCUAAUGGGCGUCGCGUCGCUCGGUGGCGCAUGGCAGAUCGCCCUCACAUUUCAUAGAUGGGAUGAGGUUGAGGACAUCAAGCGGGGAUCUAGGGAAACGUUCAAGGCUAUUGAGCUCAUGCGUUGCCCGUUCUACAAACGUUCUGAUGUUGAAGAAGAUGAUGCCGAGCAAGACGAUGACACACCCGCUUCUUCUUCAAUGUUCCUGGAGCGCCACAAAAAAAGACGGACAGUCAUAAUCGUAACACGCAAGUACCUUGAAAUUCUCUAGCAUGUAAACGAAAACGAAAGAAGAAACACAGACACUCAUAUCUUCGACUUCGCGUGAUAUCGACCGUUUAGGAUGAUGCAUCCUUGUGUGACAU